CUUAGGUUAGGUUGGUCUCACUCUGCUACUACGGAAUUGUUUAUCUAUUUACGAUCUUUGUCCAGAAUGGACUGAAAAUUGCAACUUCACAUGAUAGUAAUUGAAUCGUAAUUUCCUCAUGUGUUUUGAAUGAGUAGAAAUAAAUGGAUAUGGGUGUACGUAGUACUAGUGGUAACGAAGAGGAACAAGCCUACGUUGAGGUGAAGUUAGAAGAAGAGUCAGGAAUUGUAGAUGCAGUUGAACAAUUUAUAGAUGGAAAGGUAGUUUACGAAAGAGAAGAAUAUGUAAUCAAGAAUGAAGAAAGUAAAUCAAACUGCUUAGUUACCAAUGUCGAUGAAAAUCAGUUACCAUCUGCUAGUCCUAAGUCCUCGUCAUGUGAAUACAUGAAAAGUACGAAAAAUGACCUUCAGAGUGACGCAGAAUCUGUACAGUUGGAAAUUAAAAAAUACAAGUGUCAAUUAUGUGGUUUCUGUACAAAAUGGAAAGAAAAUCUGAGGAAGCAUGACGAUAAUGUACAUUUAAAUAUAAAGAAACACAAGUGUCAUCUAUGUGAUUUCGCAGCCACUCAGAAACGUCAACUUAAAAUUCACAUAGAGGUUGUUCAUCUGAACAUCAGGAAACACAAAUGUCACUUGUGUGAAUUCGCUGCCAGUGAGAAAUAUUUUCUUCAACUGCACAUCAAAUCUGUCCAUUUGAAAAUCAAGGACAAUAAGUGUCAUCUAUGCGACUUUGCGACGAGUAGGAAAAGUUUCCUCAAAAAACACAUUAGCAUUGUUCAUUGGAAUAUCAGAGAGCACCAGUGUCACCUAUGUGAAUAUGUUUCAAGUAGUAAACAAACUCUUGAAAUACACGUAAAAUCUGUUCAUUUGAGAAUUAAGGAGCACAGUUGCCACUUGUGUGAGUAUCUUACAAAUAAAAAAAGUGACCUUCGCCACCACUUAAAGUCCGUUCAUUUAAAUAUCAAAAAUUUCAAAUGUCACUUAUGUGAAUAUACUGCUAGUGGGAAAGGAAACAUCAGUAUGCAUAUAAAAGGAGUUCAUUUAAAAAUAAGAGACAUGAAGUGUCAUCUAUGUGAUUACGUGACAAGUAGAAAAGGUAACCUUCAAAGUCAUAUCGCCUCAGUUCACGAGAAAAAGAAGAUACACAACAUUCACAAGUGUCAUCUAUGUGAGUACGCCACGACAAGAAAAAGUACUCUUCAGAAGCACAUCGAUUUUGUUCAUUUAAAUAUCAGGAAGUUCAAAUGCGAAUUUUGCGAUUAUGCUGUGAAUUUUAAAAAGGAACUCUCAACACAUGUUAAAUCUGUUCAUUGAAGUGAAGCUUAAAAUAGUUGAAGAUGAUUAUGUAGAGAUUGCAGGGUGUCCCAUGGUGGGUGUUUAAGGAAACUUGUGGCCUAUAUUCUUUAGAGUUAAAAUACGCAACUUGGUAGUUUUUAUCAGAAUUUUUUUUUCAUAUGAAACAGCCAGUAUAUUUCAACUUUUUAAACUUGAGUUUGAUCUAUAUAUCAUUCUGUAUACCUAUUGUAAGUAAUUCUGAGUUAUUUCUACUCUAUUGAAUCAUCCCUUAUUUUUCAUGGAAUCUGUACAACUUUCGCAUUUAUAAAAAUAAAAGUACCCAAAAAUAUUAACAUAUACGAGCUCAUAAUAAUUGUGGAUUUAUGCAGCACCAGAAGAGUUGCGAUAACCAAUUUUUGCACAUAAGGACCACAAAAAAGUAUCAUACACUUUCAAGAAAUCUGUUUCUUGGUAAUUUUUUUCGAGUAAGUCAUUGUCCUUUUUACUUGCAGAUAUACAUAUGUAUAUUUUGGUGUAUACAUUUUUUAUUUUAUUUUAUUAUCUUAUUUUAUAUGAAUAUUGUAUACUGACUUGUCGUAUAAAUUUUGAAGAAUAAACUAAAUAAACUACUAUGUCUA